UUCAUAACACACACAACAGACACCCGGAAGGUGGAAACGCGCGUCCAACAGUGCAGAAUGAAUCGUUUCAAGACGUCCAAAUUCAAGAAUACCACUCCGAAAAUCCCCAAGAAAGAUGGUUGGAUUGCUAAUGUACGAGGAGGUUCCUUCUCUUCUCAGGGCAACCACAUCAAAUCCAGCUGCAUUCUUGUGGCCUUCAACACAGAUCAAGCUGGUGGUGGAAUGGUCGGCCUGUCUUCGGUGAAUCCUGAAUCUGAUGGGAAGUGGAUUGUGACCCAGAUUCCAUGUCACGCUGACCAGGUGACUGAUCUGGACUUCUCGCCAUUUGAUGACUACCUCCUGGCAACCUGCUCAUCAGAUGAGACGGUGAAACUGUGGCGUGUGUGUGAUCCGGAUCAGAAUCAGCCGAGCAGUCCUGAGGUGACUCUGAGUCCGGGAGACGGCCGACUGGAAAUUGUUCUCUUCCACCCUGCGGCCUCCGGUCUGAUUGCUGUGGCAUCCUCAAGAGGGGUUCAGGUGUGGGACACCACGAGAGACUCCGCCCUGACAGUACUGGAACAGCACGCCGAUCAGCUACAGGGUUUGGCCUGGAAGGAAGAUGGCUCUCUGUUGGCUUCAUCCUGCAAGGACAAAAAGCUGCGGAUCUUUGACCCGCGGGCCCAGCCGUCAGCUGUUCAGUGCGCUCAAGGCCUUCAAGGUAAUAAAGACUCUCGCAUCCUCUGGGUUAAAGAUGACAACUUACUCACCACUGGCUUUAAUCAGGUACGUCAGCAGGAAGUGAGGCUCUGGGACAGCAGGAAGUUGAGCUCGGCUCUCAGCUCCGUGUCUUUGGCCACCUCCAAUGCGACCCUAAUGCCUCUGUUUGAUCCAGACUCUGGACUACUUAUAGUGUCCGGAAAUGGUGAGAGCGUAAUCGACUGUUUUGAGGUAGCUGCCAGUGAGCCCUCCCUGUCUCAAGUGAGUCACUGUUUAACGGACGCGUCGACCCGCGGUGUGGCCCUGGUGCCCAAACUCGCUCUGGAUGUCAGCGUCUGUGAGGUUUUGCGUGUGAUGCAGCUCACGGACAACUUCAUAGUGCCCAUCAGCUACCAGGUGCCUCGCAAGGCAGGACAGGACUUCCAUGCGGACUUGUAUCCGGACACUAUAGGUCACACUCCGGCCAUGACGGCGGCUGAUUGGUGGACAGGAGAAAACAAACAGGUGGAGAGAGUCAGUCUACACCCAAACAAGAGGCCAAAGCCCAACACUGCACCAACUAAAGAGACGUCGCCAAAGGAUCUGCCCCGUGGCAAGAGCAAAGAGAAGGCUUCAACAUCCAGCAGUCCCUUGAGCACCCCCAGCAGCAGUGCCGCCCCAUCACGUUCUCCGUCCUCAACCAGCGGUCUGUCGUCUGGCUUCCUCCCAAGUCCAAGCCCGAGUCAGAGUGCCCGCGCCAUCCAGAACAUGCUUGGUCCGAGUUCGAAGUUCCGUCACAUCCAGGGAAGCGUUCUGCACCGAGACACCCACAUAACCAACCUGAGGGGACUUCACCUGACCACACCAGGAGAGUGUGAUGGAUUCUGUGCUAACGGGCAGCGUGUAGCAGUUCCACUCGCUAUCACCGGAGGACAGAUUGCUGUGUUUGAGAUGUCCCAGCCAGGGAAGCUGCCAGACACGGCCCUCCCUACUGUCCAGAACUCAGUCAAUGUGGCCGACUUCUGCUGGGACCCGUUUGACCCAUACAAACUGGUUGUGGCUGGUGAUGAUGCCAAAAUCCGCGUGUGGCAGAUUCCUAAAGGAGGCCUGACGGAGACUCUGACUGAGCCGGAGUGUAUUUUGCAGGGACACACUGAGAAGAUCUACUCCAUCAAAUUCCACCCUCACGCAUCUGGCCUGCUGGCGUCCUCGUCAUAUGAUCUUACAGUACGACUGUGGAACCUGGAGACCAGAGAAGAGAUCAAACGACUCAGUGGACAUCAGGAUCAGAUAUUUGGAAUGGCUUGGAGUCCAGAUGGGAAACUGUUGGCCACUGUGUGUAAGGAUGGAAAAGUGCGCCUGUACAACCCACGCGGAUCCACUCUGCCUAUCCAGGAAGGCCCAGGGCCUGAGGGCCAGAGAGGGGCUCGUGUAGUGUGGGUACGUGAUGGCAAGUACCUGCUGGUGUCUGGAUUCGACAGUCGCAGUGAAAGGCAGCUGUACCUGUUCUCCGCUGACUCCUUGGCCUCCGGUUGUCUGGCUUCAGCCCCCGCUGAUGUGUCUCCCUCCACCCUUAUCCCGUUCUAUGACCCCGACACCAGCGUCCUCAUACUUACUGGGAAGGGUGACACAAGGGUGUAUAUAUACGAGAUCGUUCCAGAAGCGCCGUAUUUUAUGGAAUGUAGCAGCUUUCAUUCCUCUGAACCACACAAGGGAUUGUGCUUCCUGCCGAAGACUGAAUGUGAUGUUCGUGAUGUUGAGGUUGCUCGAGCCAUCAGACUCAGCAAGACCACCAUUGAACCCCUGGUCUUCAGAGUGCCUCGUGUCAGAAAAGAGUUUUUCCAGGAUGAUGUGUUCCCUGACACUGCAGUGUGGUGGGAGUCGUCUCUGACCGCGGCUGCCUGGCUCUCAGGAUCCAACGGACAACACCGCAAAAUCAGCCUGCGACCCAAAAACAUGACGCCCGUGAGUGAAGCACCAAAAGAGGCUCCAGUGAGAAAAUAUCUGCCCUCCUCUGUCUAUCUGGAGGAGAAAACUGAUGAACAGAAGAAAGAGGAGUUGCUCAGUGCUAUGGUUGCUAAGCUGGGUAACAGAGAAGAUCCACUGCCACAGGAGUCUUAUGAGGGAGUGGAUGAAGACGAGUGGGACGACUAAUCAUAAGCUUUGCCUUGCGGUCCAGUCAGGGUGCCAACAGCAGACAAAGCAUUCCAGGGUGCCAAGAAACCUCUGAGCCACAAAAACAAACUCCUCGAUGCUCCUCAGCUUCAUCUCCAUACUUCAGAUUCACUCUCAUACACUCCAGUGCCUCUGUUUGCCUUCAGAAUAAAACAAAUCUUAAUCAGUAUUUUUGUCCUGUGUUCCUUAUAAACUAUCUAAACAUCUUUCAAAUAAGAUACAUUUAUUAAAAAAUCUGAAUUGUGUCAUAUAUUAAGAGUAGUUUUCAGAGAAUAUAUUGUAAAGUUUAUUUUUCAAAGCCCAUUGCCAAUGUGUUUUUUUUCUUGCUUUAAGAAUACAUUUAGGUUUAUGCUUAAACAAGAAAAAUAAUCUACCGAUGGGGUCAAAUAAAUCUUAAUUUAGAGUACAAAGAAGUCUUAAUCUAUAAAUGCAGUUUUUCUUUGCAAGUUCAAGUCUUUUCAUCUUGUUUUAAAGAUGUUUAGAUAUUUUUUAAUGGACAUGAGAUAAAAAUGAUUUUUUGCAGUCUGGCUUGUCAUCUCGUUGUAUUGGUUUAACUGGCAAAAAAAUAUGUGUUAAAUAUGACUCUUCACACAUUUAAAUGUAUCAGUUCAUCUCAAAUGCAUGACGCACAUACAUUGAUCUAGACUUAAAUUGCUAUACAGGGUCAGAAACAAUUGGAAUUUUUCUGUGAAGUUUUUAAUGACGGACAUCAGAUUUGUAUUGUACAUGUAUGAAACCUGCAUGAUUCCUUGUUCUUUAACCCUAAAAAUAAUUGGACUAUUUUAUCAGUGAAACCUGCACUUCAUACUCCGAAUCUGUUAAAAAAAUAAAUAAAAAAAUAAAUAAAAAAAAUAAAAAAAAUCGUUUUUUUUAUUUUGUCUUGUUUUCCAGUAUUUACAUUUUCUGCUUUAAAAAAAAAAGAAAAGAAAAAAAACGUAAUUUACUGGAUUUUCUCUGAAAACAAGUCUUAACAUCUUACACAGUUUUGCUUCUCAACUAAAUGUUUAGAUAUUUUUACUGGAAAACAAGACCGAAAUACUUGAAAAUGAUCUCGAUAAGAAAGCGUGCCAUCAUUUGAUUAUUAAAACGUGAUUGAAUCGGUUCUUGUACUUUUAUAUUGUGGUAAUUUGUAGGUUUAAAUAUCUUCACUUCUGGGUGUGAGCGACUAUUCAAGUAAAUUUAACAUAACUCUUUAA